AUGUCGUUUGCGCUGGAUGAGGCUGGGGAUCAGGCGGCGGGAGCAGCGCAGAAGGAGCUGGAUGCGAUAAAGGACAAGAUGACAAACUCGCUGGAGGCUGGCAAGGACGACGGCGAGGCAGACGCUGCUGUGGAGGCAGUCAAGGAGGAGGAGGACACAGGUGAUCCACCAGACGUGGACGACGAGCUGCCGGGCCCUUUCUACACCCAGGCCUGGUUCCUGGCGCUCUCGCUCUUCAGCCUGGCAGGGGUCACCAGCUUCGUGGUCUGGCAAGCCGCCCAGCUGAACAAGGACGCGAAGCCUCCUGAGGACGAGCUUGACCAGUAUGCCCAUGACCCGCGGGCGCCCGUGGCGCCGGCCAAGGGCAAGGGCAAGGGCAAGGGCAAAGGCGCUGAGGCCGCGGCUUCCUAG